AUGAGUCAACAGCACCACACGAGUAGUAGUUCCAAUUCAGCAAACAACAGCUCAAAGGCUUCUACCGGCCUCCAGCUGUUUCAGUACUUGAUGAGUGAGGAGGAAAUGGCAGAGGCAAGAGCGUUUUAUGAAUUGUUAUUGAUUGCCGAUGAGGAAUUUUCCUUAGACAACAAAAAGGCUCAACCUUCAAAGUUUGAUCAUCAAGCUGGUGCCAACACGAGUAAUCCCUUUAGUGCUUUUUCUUUUCCUCCCUCGAAAAGGCAAGACCAUACUCCCUCACCAUCGGCCGUAAAUGACCAGCAAGCAGGUGCAUCUUCCUCAACAACAAUCUCUAUCAACGUUACAUCCUCACAAAAUACCGACCUAGCUAGCAGUCCUAAUAACAACCCCAGUUCAGCUGGUCGCACCGCUGAAACACCCUUACAGAAUAUUAAGACACGAAGAAAAUCCAUGUCCGAUCAGCAACAAUUAACGAACAGAAGAAUGACCUCUCGAGACCUGAGAGGGCUAUUUCAGAGAAUCGGAUAUAGAAUAACCAAUGAACAAAUUAGAGAAAUUAUUCAAUCUGCACACGAGUCAUAUUACAGGAAAAAAGAUAUACAUUUACCCAAUGAUUCUAUAAGCUUCAAUGAAUUUGUCCAUCUCAUUAUGGACAAACCAGAACCUUCAGGAGUUGGACGCAACCAAUUAUUGGAAGCUUUUAAAAUUUUAUCAGAGAACGAUGAAGAAGGAAAAGAUGGUUGGAUCAACACGGAUGAGCUCGAGCAUUAUUUAACACAUUUUCAUUAUUGGACAGAGAAAUCCUAUGUCAAACAAACUGGUGACGUAUCGUCUCUCUCGUUUCUCACUGGUGAAUCAAAGUCUUUCACAAAACGAGAGUUCAAUAAGGUCAUGGAUAUCUUGGAUCCAUAUCGAAGCGGAAGAUUUAACUUUAUCAAAUUUAUUGCAAUGAUCUAUGAUGGAAUUUUACAUGAAGAUGACAGUAAUUUUUCCCAUUUCGAACACUUACCUUAA